UUAUUUCAUCGAUACAUCGUGUUAGUAGUUGUGAAUAAAAAAAAAACAAAAAAAGAAAACACUAUAUAUGAUAUAGAAUUACAUCAAGUAAGAGUGGAAAAGAGGCCGGGCUUUCUAACCAAUAAUACACGAGGAAGAUUACUAUAAACGGAUACCAAUUGGUCACAAAACGUACAGUACAUUCUUAUAUAGUUGAAAACAAUUUAUUAGAAGCAUUUAUUCACAAGAAUCUACAUUUAUAACAUCACAUCACGCUGUUUCUUUCACGUCUCUAUCAAUAUAUAAAAAUUGAGUGUGUAAUACGAUAUGUCAAGAAUGAUUCGCCAGUUUACAUUGUCACAAAUGGCAAAUAUAGAAGAAGUCAAAACUAUUUGGAGAAUAGCGGAUGCAAUAACUUUUGACGUUGAUUCAACCGUUAUUAAAGAUGAAGGCAUAGAUGAAUUAGCAAAAUUUUGUGGUAAAGGCAAACAAGUUACAGAAUUAACGAAGCAAGCGAUGCAAGGAAACAUGACAUUUCAACAAUCUCUUUCAGUAAGAUUGGGUAUUAUAAGGCCUAGUUUAUCACAAAUUAAAGAAUUUAUACAAGUACAUCCUCCGCAACUUACACCGGGAAUCAAAAAUUUGAUUAAAACAUUACAUUUAAACAAAAAGGAAGUAUUUCUCGUUUCCGGUGGAUUUCAUUGUUUAAUAAAUUCAGUUGCGGAACAACUUGAUAUACCCCCAGAAAAUGUUUAUGCUAAUAGACUUAAAUUUUACUUUACCGGAGAUUAUGCGGGAUUUGAUGAAAAUGAACCAACAUCGAAAAGUGGUGGAAAAUCAGAAGUUAUUCGUUAUCUUAAAGAAGAAAAAGGGUUUAAAACUAUUGUUCAUGUUGGAGAUGGGGCAACGGAUUUAGAAGCUUCUCCUCCAGCAGAUGCAUUUAUAGGUUUCGGAGGAAAUGUGAUUAGAGAGACUGUUAAAUUAAAUUCAAAAUGGUUUGUUACAAAUUUUGACGAACUUAUAAAUAAUUUGUAAUUUUAGAUAGGA